ACAAGGUGCUUAGUCAGUGUAAAUAAAUUUAUUUCGAUGAAUAAUCGUAAUUCGCAUGUUCAGAUACUGUCUUUAUAGUGUGCUGAAUAUGACUCGAUUGAGAAGUGACUUCUAAAGAAAUAUCAGAUUAAUAAGUACAGCCAAAAGGCCCAAAAGAACCCUGACGAAGCGAAACAACGUUCUCUAUCUCCGGUUAAAUCUUAAAGUUAAUAGAAUUGAUGACAUUCAAAACAUUUUACAAGCGGCAGUUAACCUGUUAACAUUGUUGGCCUACUCACUACAUAAUGAUCGCGUUCCCGGCGAUGUAAACAUAUACAGUAGUUGCACAGAUGAAAAAAGUCGAGGAUUGGUUAAAGGAAGAAGUUCUGACCAAAAGCCAAGAUACUAUUAAUAAGGCGGAUUAAACCCUGGAUAAUCCACCUACAUCGCGCGAUUAUAGCGUGCAGUAUUACUUGAGCUUUCGAUUGACCGUAUCAGUUGACUUUCCGGUUGUGGACACACAGGACAGUGAUAAUUCGGAGUGGAUUUAGGAUAAACUGAUAUAAAGAAUCAGAAUGGCAGCUGUCUGGAAGAGGGGAAAGUUUACGGCAGUGGUGUUGCUCCUUCAGCUUAUCUUCAUCAUCUUGUUUGGAAUAUUUGUGAGAUAUGAGAAGAGCGCCGAUGCUCGCGCCAUCGAGAACAGUGUCGACUAUAGGAGAGGGGGCGCAAAUGCCAACAAUAACCCUGUCAAGGGGCUUUACCCAAUGUUCCAAGAUGUCCAUGUUAUGAUCUUCGUUGGUUUCGGGUUCCUGAUGACUUUCCUGAAGCGCUAUGGGUUCAGCAGUGUUGGACUCAACAUGCUUAUCGCUGCUUUUGUCAUCCAGUGGUCCAUUCUCCUCUCCGGCUUCCUGCAUCUCCACGAUGGACACAUCGAGCUCUCCAUAAAAGGGUUGCUGACUGCUGACUUUGCUGCCGCUGCAGUACUGAUCACAUUUGGUGCCUUAUUGGGGAAGACCAGUCCUCUACAGCUGAUCGUCAUCGCCUUCCUUGAGAUCGUCUUCUUUACUCUAAAUGAAUGGGUCGGCCUCACCUUCAUCAAGGUAGCUGACGUAGGUGGCUCAAUGUUUGUGCACGUGUUUGGUGCAUACUUUGGCCUAGCGGCCUCCAGGGUACUCUACAGCGUAGACAUUGAGGAAUCGAGAAAAGAGGGCUCUGUAUACCACUCAGAUAUAUUCGCAAUGAUAGGCACACUCUUCUUGUGGAUGUACUGGCCAAGCUUCAACAGUGCCCUUGCAGUCGGCGACGACCAACACAGGGCCGUCAUCAACACAUACCUCGCCCUCGCCUCGUGUUGUGUUGUCUCAUUCGCAAUCUCAGCCGUCCUUAGUAAAGAUACCAAGUUUGAUAUGGUGCAUAUCCAGAAUUCUACUCUAGCGGGUGGGGUAGCAGUGGGAACAUGCGCUGAUAUGAUGAUCGAACCCUUUGGUGCUCUUGUGAUUGGUACUGUUGCAGGCACAUUAUCUGUCAUAGGAUACAAAUACAUCACUCCUCUUUUGGCAAGUAAGCUCAAGAUCCACGACACAUGUGGAGUAAACAAUCUCCAUGGUAUGCCUGGUAUACUAGCCGGCCUUGGGGGUAUCGUUGCGGCGGCUUUGGCAACAGAGGAUAUAUACGGAAAGAGUCUGUACAUCACUUUCCCAGCCCGGGCACCCAUGUUUAACACUACGGAACUUUAUGAGGUAAACAGAUUUUUAACAAUUGACGCCGGAGAUGGUAGAAGUGCAGGUGCACAGGCGGGCAUGCAAGCUGCAGCUUUGGCCAUGACAUUGGUUGUUGCCAUUGUUGGAGGCAUCAUAACAGGAUUCAUUGUGAAACUUGGCAUCUGGGAUGGCCCAUCUGGAAAUAAUCUAUUUGAUGAUGGUCAGACAUGGGAGACUCCAGAUGACUUUGAAGAAAGUCUCAUAGAAAAUGGCGUAGCUGUGAAAAGGGGAGCGUUAUUAGGCGAUGCGAAAGAACCCGAUGAUGAUGAAUCGAAGAUCUAAAUCUGCUAUUGUUUGAUAUUUUAUACUUGUAUACUAGAAUCUUUUUUUGUACAUUUUUAAUAGUUUAUAAACAUAAAAUUGGGUAGCAGACGAUCACUGUAGAUCAGUGUAGGUUAAAAGUUAAUACUCACACACAUUUUCAUUACACUGAUUAUAUAUGACAUGUAUUGUUCGUAAAAAGGUCCUGCGAAAGCGAUUCAUCAAUAUCAAAUUGUAUACGAAUGAAGUUCGUACGUUUACAUUUGGAAUAGUGUUUGACUGUUUCUCUCUCUUGUAGUCUAGGUGUAAAACAUCGGUCUCUUAUCUCUAAAGUAUUAGUAUAUGGUCUUUAACAUGGACCAUGCACAUGCAAACACGUUGAUAUUUGCAAAGGCUGAAAAUGGCUUCAAGAAUGUGAAAAUAAUCAUCCUCCCGACGCAGGGCUCCAGACAUCAUUCACCCUCAUCCUACAGUGGAUUGGAUGUUGUCUGGAAUACUGCGUUCGGAGGAUGGAUGAUGUAGAAAGAAUUGUGCAAAUAUUUGCGCAGAGACAUAUAAAAUUUUAUAUG